AAAACUAAAAGAGACAUAAUAGUCCAAUAAAACAACGCAAAUUUCUCGCUCUUUGCUCGUCUUCUCCUUUUCCUUGGUGUUUUUAGAUAAGUUGGGUAAUUCUGGAAUUUGAAGAACCGGGGUAUAAACGCGAAGAUUAUGUUUUUAACUCGGGGAACAAAAACCCAGUAAAGGCAGCGAGUCAACUCGUUGGUCGUUGAUGACGACGACGAGGAUGGAUUUCGGGGGACCGGGUUCAAGCCAAGCCCGAGUAGUGGGAAACUAUAUUCUGGGUCCGAGAAUCGGGUCCGGUUCGUUCGCGGUGGUUUGGAGGUCACGGCAUAGGCAACAUGGAUUGGAAGUAGCAGUUAAAGAGAUUGAUAAGAAGCUCCUGAGCUCUAAAAUCAGUGAAAAUCUGCUGAAGGAAAUUUCCAUUCUCAGUACUAUUAAUCACCCCAAUAUCAUCCAAUUUUUUGAAGCCAUCGAGACUGAAGAUAGGAUAUUUCUAGUGUUGGAGUAUUGUGAUGGAGGGGAUCUCGCAGCUUAUAUUAAUCGACAUGGGAAAGUGUCGGAGGAAAUUGCCAGACAUUUUAUGAGACAAUUGGCUGCAGGAUUGCAAGUUCUUCAAGAAAAACACCUUAUACAUAGAGAUUUAAAGCCACAGAACUUACUAUUGUCAACUAAAGGAUCAACUCCGCAAUUGAAGAUAGGAGAUUUUGGUUUUGCAAGAUCCUUGACACCUGAAGACUUGGCUGCUACACUAUGCGGUUCACCAUUGUACAUGGCACCAGAGAUUUUUCAGGAUAAGAAGUAUGAUGCAAAGGCUGAUUUGUGGAGUGUCGGUGCAAUCUUAUUUCAACUGGUUACUGGGAAACCACCAUUUAAGGGAAAUAAUCAAUUACAGCUGUUCCAGAAUAUAUUGAGAUCCACUGAACUGCAGUUUCCUGAAGGUGCCCUACAAGAAUUACAUCCCGAUUGUGUUGGUCUUUGCAGAAGCCUUUUACGUCAUAAUCCAGUUCAGCGACUUACAUUCAGGGAAUUUUUCAAUCACAAGUUCCUUGGGGAGGCCAGCAAAAGGGUGGGUGUUGAGCUGGACACUUCACUUCUGCAAUCAGAAUCAAUGGUUGGGCAGUUCGAUUCUUCUGUGGAGAAAUCUCCCUUACCAUCUGGCGAUCUCAUGGAAGCAUCUAGCAGAAAUAAAAAUUCAGCUAGUUCAUCUGGAUGUGAUACUGCAUCACAUAAAAAGGAGUCCGGUGAUUCAUCCGGUGUCAAAGGUGCCCAUGGGGCAGUGCCUCUUGCAUGUGAUAACAAGAAAUAUGUUCACAAACAAUGUUCAUCGGAUCAUCUCAUAGCUGACUCAAUGGAGUCUAUUGAGAAAGAAUAUGUUCUAGUCAAUCCUCAUUCCACAUCGAUGGAGACUCUCUCUGAUUACCUUGAGACAUCCCUGCAAGAUUAUACAACUUUGAAGUGCCCAGCAAAGAAGAGUGACCAGGUAUCAGAAGUUACUCGAGAAACAAAGGAGACUGCAGGUUCUGCAAAUACUCAAGUUCUGGGAUCCGAUCCACAAAUAUCAUCGUCUGAAUCAGCUAUAUUAAGGGAAGUACAGAGACUUAACAUGAUACCUCCCUCAACUAGACUGCAGUUAUUGCAUCAGUAUGUACAGGCUAUUGCGGAACUAGCUCAAGAGAAGUACAAUGCAGGACUAUUUCUGGAAUCAUUUUCGAUUGAACUUGUUGUCCUGGCUUUAUGGAAGAAAGCUCUUCAGAUCUGUGGCUCUUGGAUAGCCUCUGCUCCAGAGAAUGAAUCCCACGGAAGCAGUUCAGCCAAUCAAACUACUACCAAUGUCAGGGGUAACGCAGACUUGGGCUUGGCUCUAAAUUCAGAAUAUGGCGUAGAUUCAAACAGACCUUCAUCUGCUUGCAUCUUUGUGGAGCAAGGCUUUAUUGCUGCAUGUGAUCGUACCGAGAAGUUAUCAUGUCAUCUUAAAGAUCUGGAUGCUACCGCAAAGAUGCCUGAUGCCAUGGAAAUAAUUUAUCAAACAGCACUCACUAUCGGGACAAACGGUGCCGUAGAUGAGUAUAUGCAAAACAAAGGCAGUGCGACAGCAUCGUACUCGAAAGCAAUGCUUUUACUUUCAUUCAUAGUGGGAGAGGCGGCGAGUCUUCCAUUGAACCCGCCCUUUUCAUUGACUCCUGCCAAUAAGAAGCGAAUUCAGACCUACAUUAACAAUUUGCAGACUCAUCAGUUUCAGUUUCUAACAUCAGCACCUUUCCCUAAGCUGUCUGCAGACGUCCACACCAAUUGAAGAGACUGUAAAAAUAUUUUCAAAAACUUAGGCAAGUUUAAAACUGUUUUCUCGGAAAGUAAACUCCGAGUGAUGUCAUUCUAUGAAUAGAAUUGAACAUGAUAUAUCCGUUGUAUAGGAAAAAACAUAUUAACAAAUGCUUGCAGCCUGGAGCAAAAUGAUCUGACAUUACAAAGGAGCUUAUGUAAAUAAUAUUCUUUCUCUUGAUAUUCUGUACAUUGGAAUUGAAAUGUAACAUGUACAGUAAUGUUUAAUAUACAUGGACAGUAUUCUUUCAAUCAUUGUUGGAGAUGUUUAAAAGCAUACUUGAUGGAUUUUGUCUAACCUGACUAUCGGAUAUUGACAAACGAAGAACCUGUCUC